UAUUUAAGUCCUAUAGAGCGCAAUAAGCAUCUAGUGCACCAUGAGUGCAUCAAACUGGGCACCUAUGUGAGUGCAACGAAUUUAACAUCAAAUGUCUCAAUGUAACGCAAGUCACAAGCGAUUAUCAGUGAAGUAUGUCGAGGCCCUUAUCUGUCGUAUCCCUUGUCUAGGUUUGGUCUAGUCUAGUCUAUGGUAUUUAUUUUUGGAAGUCAAGUCAGUGUAGUGGAGAGUAGUAUGUGCGAUGAAAUAUUUUUUUGUCUUUUGGUAUCAAUUUUAUCAGUGUCCUCUUCAGUUACCAAAGUAGAAGCAACAAGUGUUUAAAUAUAUCAUCGUUCACAACUCAGUGUAAUUAUGAACAGGAAUCCAUAAGUCAUUUUGGUCCCUUCAAUCGUCUCGCAAAUUCCGGAAAUUGUUUGACAUCCUGUCGUAAUUACGUGUUUUAUGCUACCAGAAGCAAAGAGGACAUUCAAAAUCACAAAUUCAUAACAUGGUGCUAGAGUUUCUACACAAUGUCAACUGAAAGUUGCUUAGUAAAAGCAAUCUACUCAUUCAAAGGCAAGAAUAAUGACGAACUGUGUUUCAAAAAGGGUGAUAUUAUCACCGUUACUCAGAAGGAGGAAGGGGGCUGGUGGGAAGGUACCUUAGGGGAAACCACUGGGUGGUUCCCUAGUAAUUAUGUUACAGAAUGUAAAGAUCAAGCUGGAUCUUUAACUACAUCUCCUAUUAGAGCAGCAUCUGAAAUUCAAGCAUUUAGAAAUGUUGUCCUCAAAGACAUCAUUGAUUCAGAAAAGGCACAUGUGGCCGAGAUGCAGGGGCUGGCCAGUAAUUUCCUACAACCCCUGGAGAAUAGUGAUAUGCUAACAAGAGAUGAAUUCAAGCAAUUGACUGGUAAUAUAGAUGAGGUGCUACAAACUCAUGAACAGUUCCUUUCCCUGUUAGAAGAAUGUGCAACCAAAACAGGCCCCGACCAGCGGGUGGGUGGCCUUUUCCUGCAAUGGGCUCCAAAGAUAAAAUCAGUGCAUCAAACAUACUGUGCUGGCCACCCUAAAGCAGUGUGCAUCCUCGACAAAUACAAGGAGGAACUUAACACAUGGAUGGAGAAUGCUGGUGCCGUAUGCCCUGGAGUGUUAGUACUAACAGCAGGACUAUCCAAGCCAUUCCGUCGCCUCAGCAAGUACCCGGCGAUGCUACAAGAGCUGGCACGACAUGUUCACGAGGCACAUCCGGACAGGGGCGACACACAUCGCGCUUCAGUUGUUUACAAAGAUAUAGCUAGUGGCUGCGCAGCAUUACGGCGGCAAAAAGAGCUAGAGCUCCAAGUAGUAACAGGAGAAGUGCGCGGAUGGCCCGGUGGCGAGCUGGCGGCACUAGGCGAUGUCUUGCACAUGGGAAGUGUAGCGGUGGGCCCUUCGCACCAAGACCGGUACCUCGUGCUUUUCCCUUCCGCGCUUCUUUUGCUGUCUGUUAGUAAGAGGGUGUCCGCGUUUGUAUAUGAGGGUUGUCUGCCACUCACCGGUAUAACAGUCUGCAAACUGGACGACUCUGAAACAAGGAAGAAUGCAUUUGAAAUUAGUGGUCCAAUGAUAGACACCAUAGUAGCGGUGUGUCAGACACGAGCGGAGGCCGAUAACUGGGUCAGUUUGUUGCAAAAACAUUCGAACAACAGCAUUCCUGUUCAUGAACCUGGACAGCCGCAAUCGCUGCCACAUAUGGCCAUGACAGACGGCAAUAACCCUGAUUUAUCGUCGGGUCUAACCAGCCACAAAAGAUCACACUCAUUCAACAACCAUCAAAGCUAUUCGCAGCAUAACCAGCAAACGUCAAAAAGUAAACAAAAAAAUCAGUCGGCACGCUGGCUUUUAAAUUCUUGCGACUCUAUUGAUCAGUCGCCUGCCAAACCAAAUAAAAAUGCUAUCGGCAAAAAAUUCUCAUCCGUUGAUUUCAUCGACACGGCGGGAUCGAACUACAGCAAUAAAGGGUGGAGUAUAACAUGUUUGCGCCCUGCGCCGCCCCUGCGGCCGCAAUCCUUUACGGUGGGAUCCGAUGAGAACAUAGGCCCGACGCAUCCGUAUGCACCACAUCAACGAAAGUCAAAUUCCUAUGAAGAAGACGCUCUUAUUCUCAAGGUCAUCGAAGCCUAUUGCACUUCGGCGCGCUGUAGAAAUGCUGUAAGUUCUGUACCCAAUAUACCACUGGAGAUAUUCGAGGCUACAAGGAGGAGACAUGCCAAGUCAAGAAACCGUAUUAUCAUGGAUUGCGGUCACUUGUCUCUUGGUAAAGUACAAUAUCACGCACCCGCUUCUAACAUUUUUCACUAUAACUACACUAAAUUGCCUAUCGUCCAAAGAAGUGACACCCCUGACUACGUAGGCUGCAGCAAGUCUUCGAAAGUGAAGCGUAACAAAAGCUCAGCUGCCGACACUUACCUGUACCGCGGCCCCGAGACGAGGAGGCUGCUCUCGGAACGCAAGUUCCAGAUGAACCGUUCUAACCCGAAUCUAUGGGAAUGUUCAGAGGAGCGCAGGCAGAAGCUGUGCGAGGGUCGGGAACGGCGCAGCGGGUCGCACCCGAGCCUCGCGGCGGCGCUGCGCGCGGUCGCUCCCGCCUCCGCGCCCGCGCCCGCCCCGCUCGGCGCUCCCCGCGCCGCUCGCUCAGCACGGUCCUCCACUUGGUGCUGCGGAUCUUUCGUCAAACAACUCACCAAAUCUCACCACUUCGACUGACACAAGUAGUUCCUCUCUUUUUCGAUCAUUUGACCCUGGUCCUCAAAAGGCGUCUAUCAUUCAAUUAAUCCAUCAUUAAAAAUUACAUGAAUGUGCGUGAACAAUUGAACAUUGACCCAGUUUUAAUAUUAUUAUUAUUACUAAACGAUGACUCAUACUAAUGACAUUUACUUAGGACUAAAAGAAAUUGAUUCUGUUCGUACCAUUAUUUUUAAUGGAUGUGGCUCUGUAACGAUUUAACCAAAGCGAUAUUUAAAAAAAGUGUUAAAGUUCUAGUUUAACCAUGAUUCGAAUUGGAAAUAAGACGGGAGGAACCCUACCUGGGUGUAAUUUAGCAUAGUAAAGGAAACUACAUUUUCUAGUCAGAAAAGUAUAUUUUGGAAAUAUUAUCGUCUUAUUUUCUUUUGCGAAAGCUAAUGUGACUGGCUUGUUAUCGCCUUAACACGCGUAUAUAUAUUACUAUAACGAGUGCAGUAUUAUUAAUAUAUUAGGUUAGAUUUACAAAUCAAUUUAAUUUUAUAGGUUGGCUUUUUGAUUGUAUUAUAGAUAAUAAAAUUGAUGGUGCAUAUUGGAUGUAAUAAUAUAAAAUGCAUGCGCAUUGAAUUGUGUAGAACAUUAUUUAUACUAAUAUGUUGGGAGUAGUCCUUAGUCCCGGGUUUAAGGUGUGACAUGGUAGGUGAAGCUUUAUGAAAAUUGCGUCAGUAUCCAAAACGGCUCGCAGUUUCAUUUCUCAGGUGAGACUAUUUCGGGAGCAGUGGCAGCAGCCCGCCGUUACUAUAUUAAUGAUUUAGUGCUAUAAGGAGCGUUUUGUGCUUUGUAACGUUCCUAACUACAAAAGUGAAUCUGUUUAGCUUAAACCAAAAAUCAAACUCACCUGUAGGUACUUAUCGCGCGUUAGGGAACAAAUUCGAGUAUUUUUGAGAACGUAUUCCAAAAACGUUUACUACUUAUAUGUAUUUUACAAUAUUUUCUUUAAUUUGUAAAGUUUGUAUACAAGAAGCAUACCUAUGUCAUAUUGUUAAAACAAUAUGUAUAUUGUCUUAACCAUCUAUCAAGUCGAUUUGAUAAUUGAAGAAGAUGCUUUAAAAUAGAAUUACACAUUAUUUUUGAUUUGGGCGUGUUAGAAUCAUCGCAGUGAGAAGUUAUAGGCUGUGCCAAGUGUAGUUCAGCUAGCAGAAAAAGCUUUUAUCGAAAAUUAAAUUUUAGCAGAAGCUUUUAUAAACUACUAACUACUACUAACUUAAAUAUACUAGUAAAUUUAUAUGCGUAUCACAAAAAAACGAAAACAGAAAAAGAUAAAUAUCAGUUUAAACGUCUAUGUUUAUGCUCGUUUCAAAAUACUUUAUUGAAAGAUACGUGUGUCGCUCAAAAUUUAGCAUGCGUGAUGAGUAACACACGGUGCGUGCGACAGGUUAGAU